AUAAUUGAAUUAGUGCGAAAAAAGACCCGGUUUUCGGUUUAAUUACGACGCACCAGCAAGACAAUCCGUGAUUGAUGAUGCCGGCAAUGCGAGAAAUCCUCGAAACUUGACGCGAUUCAUAUUUAAAUACGCAGAAAAUGUUUACUACUACGACAGAACUAAUAAGUGAACAUGAAAAAGAACAUUAUUAUUGAGUAAAUGCAUGAGAAUAACAACACACAAGUGAUAAUCAAUUAAAAACAAAGGCGAACACUGAAAAGUGCUCACAAUAAAGAUAUGAAGAAGAGUGGAAAAGACAAUAAAAGUGGAAGUCAAUCGUCAUUACAUAAUCGUGGAAGUCAUGGAGGCGCUCCGGAUCCCAUGUCUCUCUUGGAUCCCGUCUCGCUCUUCGCCUACUGGGGUCGAGAUCCAUCUUCAGCAGCAGCUGCUUCACAACUCUUCGGAUCGCCAUUCGCAGCGAACAAUUUAAACUUAUUAGCGGGUGCUAAUGCGCCAAGUUCGCCCGGAGGAAGUAGCACUCCCGAAAGAUUUCCUCCCGGAGGACAUGGAAAUACCAUGGCGACAGCUGCGUCACAAGCAGCAAGUUUAGCGGGUCUGCAUUCAGCGAAUUGGUGGUCCAUGGCACAAUAUGCUGCUCAGGAUUAUUUCGCUCGGUUAUCGGGUUUGGGCCAAAUGCCGUUCGCGCCUCCAGAUUUGGGUGCAUUUCCAGGCAGUGUGGGCAAUAGCGCAAAAGAUUCAUCGUCGUCGCUAAAUAACAGCAGCGGAAAGUCCAAAAGUAGCAAGAAUAAGGAAAAAAGCGCACAAUCCUCGUCGACAUCAGCGACGUCCUACAACAAAUCCGCAUCUCUAAGUCAUUCUUCUUCGUCGGGACCGUCGUCUUCCGCCGCAAUACCGCCCGCAUUGUCGCUGCAAGACUACAAAUCGUUGUACGAACGCUCAGGAACCCUGCCGAAAGAUCUGUUUGGUGCUUCAAAUCUUACCUCACAAUCAUCGCCAUCGUCGUCGUCGACCUCCAAGAGUUCGCGCAAGUCAAAUUCCAAUGAUUACCAUCACCAUCACCAACAAUCGCAGCACCAAUCGCAUCAUUCGUCGCAUUCCGCGAACACGAAUAACUCGAAACAGCAGCAGCAGCAUCAACAACAGCAACAACAACAACGAAAUUACAGCAAGGAUCACGACACGCCGAGCAAAUACAUGAAUAGUCUUAAUUCACACAACAUUUCCAUUUCGCCAGCGCCUUCAAGUACUUCGUCGUCGAAUUCGACGCGUGAUAAGCACCAUUCAGCGGGUUCUGGAUCAGCGCGAACGAAAGAACAUGAAAAAUCUCACAAGUCAUCGUCAUCAUCUGCCGUUCCCGCCAUGAAUGAAAUCAAUUUUGACUCGUCACUGUCGAUAAAUGCCCUCAAUUCGCUUUCGCAACUCGGGAAUCUCAAUUUGACAUCGCAACAAAGUGUCACCGCGGCAAUGAAUGCUCUUGCUGCGAGCUCAACAAAGGCUAAGGAGUAUGUCUCAUCAGGCAUUUUGAGUGAUCCAUCAUCGUUCCUUGGCGUUCGAUUGCCACCCGAUACGGAAAUUAUCAAAUACACCUCGUCAAUUGUCGGUCCAAAGGUUCCUGGAACAACGAAUCGUGGCAGAAAGAAAACAAUUUCGCUGGAUCCGAAUCCUCCGUGGUUGCAUGGUGGGAAAAGGCCUCGAUUAGAUGCGGAUUUCAGUAAUCUUCCGCAAGCACAUCAAAAUGAUCAUAUUGAAGUCAUCAAAUUACCGCCGACAGUUCAGUCGAACGGUGUCGUCAACUUGUCAUCAAAAGCUACGGGAAGCAAUAAGGAUAACAAAGAAUUUGCGGGCGGUGAAUGGGGCGGAUUGGGAUUAAUUGCGUCAUCCAAACAAAAAUCAAUUGAAGAAGUCGAUGAUGCUCCUUUGAAUUUAUCGAUGAAACCAGAACCGCCGAAAUCUUCAAUUUCCGAUGAAACGCUCAAUUUGUCAAGCAGCUCGGUACUUAAUUCCAAUAGUUUGCAAAGUUUAUCCUCGAUAACGGCGGCUUUGGGUGCGCAGAACAACGAAUCCUCAAAAAGUCAUCAUGGCAAAGAAGGUCGUCCCCGUAAUCUCGGAAGAGGCGUUUCGAAACCCAAGAAGAACACAGUCGCUUCUUUACUUGCUCAAAGUCGAGCUGUUGGCUUAAAACCCGUACUUACGGCACAACAGCUGAUGAAUCCCGCGGAAUUUGAAAAACUUCAACGAGCAAUUUCCGAAACGCAGGCUGCUAUGGAGCUCUCUGCCACGGAUACAGAAAGUAUUGCCGAAAGUGGCAUGUCAGAGUCAGAAACGGAGGAGCAGGUGAACAUUUUUGACUUGCGAGUGCCCAUGCAGCAUGGAUGGCAACGUGAAACAAUCAUUCAUGGACUCACGAAGAACGGACAAAUCAAGGGAGAUGUUUAUUAUAUUCCGCCCGGUAGUUCGGGAACAAAGUUAAAGGGAAUGGCACAAAUACAGGAGAUACUGAACGCAACAAAAUCCAAAUCUUUGAAGUUGGAUAACUUUAGUUUCUCACCGAAAGUCAUUGUUGGAAGCUUUUUGCAGCCCGCGCCGCCGCCAUAUGCCACGGAAGGCGGAUAUAUUCGCAUGACAGACGUCGAAGUUGCUAGUCGCUUGGAAGAGCUGAAGAUUUUUACGAGACACUCGGCGCUCGGAGUUGAUCAACGCAUUGAAAUAGCGAGACAACAACAGGCGUUACGAGAAGCGAAGAAAAUGGCGAAGGAUGAACAGUCAAAGAACAAAGAAAAGAAACUAAUGCAAAAAGAAAUUGAACGCACUGAAAGACUGGAACAGCAACGAAGAGAACGAGAAUUGAAACAUCAAAUGCAACUCGACGCCCGUCGCAAACGAGACGAAGAAGCAGCGAAAUUAAGACAAGAAGAACUUCAAAGGAGACAACAGGAAAAGGAGAUUAAGCGACAACAGCAGAUGUUUAUAAAAGAACAAGAGCGUGAACGACGACGACAACACAUGACAUACAUCAAACAAUUAGACACGCGAAAGAAGUUGGAAGAACGUGAAAAGAAAAAGCACCAACAAGUAUUAGACAAACUAAUUUCGCGUGAGAAAAAGUUAAUUAGUCGUCGACGUGAAGCUGAUAUUUUGGCAGAAUUGAGGAAACCAAGAGAAGAUUCCGAAAUUCCCAACCAAAAAGAACUGCCAACAUUACCUCGUUUAGCUGGUCUGAAACUUGCUGGUCAAGCAUUGGCCGACUUACUCAUGGUAUUUGAAUUUUUGCAUGCAUUUGGCGAAACUUUAGGUUUUGACAUGGAAUCAUUGCCAACCCUUCAAUCGUUGCAUCAGGCUCUAGUCUCUGAAAAUGCUGUGGAAGCUGAGGAUGAACUUCUUUCAGUUAUUACUCAUCUGAUCGUUUGUGCCAUCGAGGAUCCUGGAAUUCCAAAUCCGAAUCGUCAUACCACCCUUUUGGGUCAAACACUGCGUCAAGCUGACAUCACACACUCAAAUGUCUCGGAAAUUCUCCGAAUUUACAUGUACGCGAUCUCGACAACGGAAGUGCGACAACUUACGGGCAUCGUUUACGAACGCGAACGUCGAGGACAGGAACAAGAUCCCGAAUGCAUCGCCAAGAACCAACAAUUCCUCGAAGCGUUGCAGGAAAAUACGAGAUUCAAGCUCUCGGAAUGUUUGAAAGAUAAACCUUUCGUCUCGCUAAAUCCAACGGUUAAAGCUCAAAUAAUGGCAAUGUUGUGUAACGACUUGCUCCUGAACAAAGCUGUGUGCAAACAAAUCGAGGGAAGUCUCGAAAGUCAGGCACAACUGAAGAAAGAUAAAUAUUUGUUGGAUAGCAAGAUCCGAAAAUGCAAGAUGCUGUUAACGCGAAAACAGAGACUUGAGCAGUACGAAAAGUCAAUGGCGGAAAAGGCUGCCAACGAGUCAGCGAUGGAUGAAAGCAAAGCAAAUGAAAAAGACGAAUCACAAACAAAUAAGGAAGAAAAUGCCUCAGAAGACGCAAAAGAAGAGGAAAAAGCUGAAACAGAAGUUGAUAAAAAUGUCACAAAGUCAGAAUCGAAUCCGCCAGCGACGCCCGACAAAAGUACAAUUCCCGAUCGUGAUGUUCAGACACCGGCAAGCGUCAAAAGUGAACUCAAUACCAACAAGUCAAUCGCUGCCGACAGCAUCGUUGAGAAGAUUGACGAUGACAAUAGUGAUUGCGAGAGUGAAGGAACGCAACUCGAAGAAGACGAAGACAACGCUUUGAUGGCUGACGAGGUGCAAAAGAAGCUAGAAGGUCUCUUGCAAGAAGCAUCUCAGAACAAAGAACAACUUUUGAAGGCUUUGCAUGGUCUCCGUGCCAAAUGUUACGGACAAGAUCGUUAUUGGCGUCGCUAUUGGCACAUGCCAAAGGCAGGAGGCAUCUUCGUUGAAGCCUUGGAAUCCGCUCAACCCGAAAUUUUGGAGUAUCACGAAGCACUGGAGCAACAAAAAAUCGAAGCUGACGAAAUGUUGCUGCGUCAACUGGAGAACGACAAGCGAAACAAACGCUCAAAACGAAAAUCAGCCAAAUCCGAAUGUACGGACAGUGGCAAAUCCGAUUGUGAGAGUGCUUCAGAGUCACGGGCUGAUGUCAGUAGUGACGGAAUUAUUCAACACACGAAUAAAGACAACAGCAGUUUGGUAGAAGAGAAGUUUGUGCAACCAAAUCCGGCAAAUCAAACGACAACAGAUGAGGAAAUGGACAUCGAAGACUCAAUUCCGACAGCAAUUUUGGUUCAAAAGAGCAAUCAAGCCGGCGAAAUCAUCGAACCGGCUCCCAUUAGUCAAGUUUCAACGUAUACCGUUCCCAAGGUUGUUCAGGAUGCCGUAAAUCCAGUAGUGAAAAUGGAGACGAAUAAAUGUGAUAAUGAAGUAACAACUCCUGCUGCUGUGGAAAAUGGUUUACCGAACAAAACAGAGCCCGAAACGAAUCACGUUGUCAAAGAAGAGACACCACAGUUGAUAAAUGAGAUCAAAACUGAAGCUCCGUUACUUGACAAAUGGUUUUCGCUGCUAAAACAAGACAUUCCUUUAAUAUCGCAGGAAACCGCCAUCAAUCAGGAAACCAAACGCUUGUACUGUAACAUCACGUGUCGCGAUACCGUCAUGGGACAAGGUUUCCGUUGGGAUGUCGGCAACGCUCUUUACUUCUAUACCGUGCCCGAUGACGGUAAACAAGAGAAUACCUACUUUAGCGAUUCAAUAAUGACCCUUUCUGGCUUGGAUGAUACCCGAAUGCGCAACGUCAUUGAAGGCAAGAACCUCGAACCGAAGCCAGAAGUCGAAGUAAAGCCCGAAAUAAAGUCCGAAGACGUUAUUACCGGAUUUUCGCUUCCGCCGUACAUGGCAUUGUCCUUGAACAAUCUCACAAAUUACUUGCAGUGUGAUAGUCCGGGUCCCGUUCCGUGCACACCCGAAGAGCAAAAACAACUUGAAGACAUCAAACUGAAUGGCGCCCCGCACAAACUCGAAAACAACUUUGUGCCGAAGGAUUUGCGUCACGGAUGGUGGAAAAUCAGCGAAAUCGAGCAACUGAAUGAGCUGAUUCAGUGUUUGAACCCGCAUGGCAUUCGUGAACGAAACUUGCGACAAAAUAUAUUGAUCGCGUUAACGGAAAGUAUUGACUUGACGAUCCCGUGUCCAGUUUCAAAUCCGCGAGAUAAACCGCCGCAAAAUGGAUUUAUCGAACCGGAACCCAUGAAAUCGUGGAAUCCACAGAUUGCGAGACGCGUUGAACUGACGUUGCUGGAUCAAGUUGAAAGUUUUGAGGAUAAGAUCGCAAGUGCGUCGAUGCAAGUGAAGGGAUGGACAGUUCCGCAACGCGAUAACGAUAACGAAGAAAAUGUCGGAGGCGAUUUUGUGAAUAUUCAAUCGAUCGGGGAACGGAUUUUAUCGCUUGAAGGUGCCAUUGAACGACGAUAUCUAAAGCCUCCGUUGGGCGCAAAUGUUACGGAAGCACAAAUUGCCGCGAUGGCAGCUAAAAAGCAGGAAGAAGAAAAUGAACAGAAUAAAUCGAUUGACUGUAGUCGAUCUGAUAUUUCGGAAGAUGACAUUCCAAGAGGACUGGCUCAAUGGCGUGAUGCCGUGGAAAGAUCUGUAACAUGUGCUCAGCUAUCGAUGGCGUUGUACGUGUUGGAGUCCUGUGUGGCAUGGGAUAAGAGUAUCAUGAAAGCGAACUGUCAAUUUUGUCAGUCCGGCGAGAACGAGGACAAGUUGCUGUUGUGUGAUGGUUGUGACAGAGGCUAUCACACGUAUUGCUUCAAGCCGCAAAUGACAUCUGUUCCAGAAGGUGAUUGGUAUUGCUACGAAUGUGUCAACAAAGCCACGAAUGAACGAAAAUGCAUCGUCUGUGGCGGAAACAAGCCAGCACCCGUCGGAAAACUCAUCUACUGCGAGGCAUGUCCCCGAGCGUAUCAUCACGAUUGUUACAUUCCGCCAAUGAUCAAAAUUCCGCGCGGAAAAUGGUAUUGCCAGAAUUGCGUGUCGAAGGCACCAUCCAAAAAACGCCCUCCAAAGAAGAAGGAACCGAAAGAAGCGAAAGAACCCAAGUCGAAAGACACGUCAAAAAGCGAAAAGAAAGAAAAAGUUGUCAUGAGUCCCCCUUCAAAAGUGAUCGAGGAACCGCCUUUGAGUCCUAUCACGUUGCCCAACAAUUCCACGCAGAGUGAAACUACGCCAUCGAAACAAAGUUCAGUCGUUCAUUCAACGCCCACGAACAACACGAAGGAUUUUGAUGCUACAUCUCCGCAAUCGCCGGUUAAUGACACGAAAGACGAGGAAGAAGUGCCGAAGAAAAAGGACUCGUCUGCCAAUGAAAACAACAUUAGUGCUAAGGAAAAGUCAAAACAGGAACGAAAAGCUACGAAAAAAUUGAUGAAGGAACUUGCCGUGUGUAAAAUUGUCUUAGAAGAGUUGGAGGUCCAUGAAGAUUCCUGGCCAUUCCUAUUGCCGGUAAACACAAAACAGUUCCCAACUUAUAAGAAAAUUAUCAAAGUCCCCAUGGAUCUUUCAACAAUCAAAAAACGUUUAACAGAUUUGUCCUACAAAACACGCGAAGAUUUCAUCACGGAUGUCCGUACUAUUUUCAACAACUGCGAAGUAUUCAACGAAGACGAUUCCCCCGUUGGCAAAGCAGGACACGGCAUGCGAAAUUUCUUCGAAGCUCGUUGGUCUGAACUCACUGACAAGCAUUCAUGAUAUCAUCAUGCCUCCAAUAAUCCACGUGUCAACCUUACACACUGCGAUUGAAAAAAAAAAUGAUGAAAAAUGUACAUAACCAAACGCUAAAUACUAUUUUUAAAAUUAAAAACUGAGUAAUCUCCUGCAAAAAAAAAUGCAAUUCGUUGCACGACCUAUUGAGUAACUAAAAAAAAAAAUAUUACUUACGUAAUGUAUAUGUAGAUUGAAUAUAUAUAUUAAAAAAACAAAAGAAAACUGGGAAAGCUUGUAUACAGUAUUGUCCGUGUCAGUAUUUAUCAUUGAAGCGCAACUAAAAAAAAAAAUAUUGAAUGUUUCACUCAAUUGAGAUUCUUUACAAAAACAAGAAGAAAAUAUUUUUUAAUUAUAUAUUUUUUAUUCGGCGCGCCAGACAACCAUUAGUAUGUAAGAUUUAGUGUGAUGAUUAUAUUAUGUGUGUAACUCUCUCUUCUAUAUUUUGUCCUAUUUUACUUCUAUUUUUAUUUUUUGCAAAAUUUGAUUGAUUUUUUUUUAUGAAUUUACACGAAAAAUGAGAAGAAACUACAAAAUAGUGAAAAUAAUAAAAGU